AUGAUCUUCCUUUUCUUCCUCACCAUACUGAAGAUGGCUUUCGGGAUUAUGGCAGCACCACACGAAUCCUCUUCAGCUCUCGACGUCAUUCAACCCCCAGCAAAGAAGAAGAUACCAGCUAAUUUCAAGGCCUCUUGCUCAGACGUUCGCUUCUUCGACCCGAGAGACCUUGUAGAUGAAGGCGACAAGAGAAAGGAUUCGACCCCCUAUCUCAUGGCCAAGUGCGGCGAUGGCAACGGAGGCCAAAAGUGCUCCUGGAUGCCCCUGACCGCCUGUUUCGCAAACGCUCACGGAAAGAUCGUCUACCGGAGAUACGGUGCAUUUUUCAAGUCCUGUGCGGAUUGCAAGUAUGAGAACGUCGGCACAAACAUGACAUGUGAAUGCACGGGUCCCAAGGGAUCGGUGAAGUCCGUCGUCAACUUGAUACUCCUCGUUGCUACGACUUUGGUAAUGGCAGCCCCAACCGACGCCAAUGAGUGGAAGAAUGACGACAACUUCCUCCACAACUGCGAGUUUGUCAACUUCGGUCUCGGCGACGAAAACCAGAACCCUUGGAUUCACCACGCGUGCCCGUUGGACAGGCCGCCUUACAUGCAAUGA